UGUGAUUAAUCCUAUCAAUUUCUAUUUGUCAGGGAUAUGAACUAUUGCAUCAAAUGGAACCAUAUAUUAAUCAGUAGUUGGGAGAGGUGAUCUUUGCAUGAGUCCAGUAGAAUUUCAACCUUCUGUAAGUGAAGAUUUAGUACUGGAGAAGAAAUCUGGAAAUGGGCAGCAUGAUGUCAGAGGCACACAUCAUCACAGAACCAGCAUGAAACCUGAAAAACCAAUUGACUUGCUUAGGAAAGUUGAUGGUAAUAAUAUGUGUGCUGACUGUGGUGCUUCAGAACCUGAUUGGGCAUCAUUAAACCUUGGCGCACUUCUAUGCAUAGAGUGUUCUGGGGUGCACAGAAAUCUUGGAGUGCAUAUAUCAAAGGUUAGAUCUCUGACACUUGAUGUUAGAGUUUGGGAGCCAUCUGUAAUCAAUCUCUUUCAGUCAUUAGGCAACAUGUUUGUCAACAGUAUUUGGGAAGAGAUGCUGCCAGAUGAUAAUUCAAGUGCUGAUGGAUCAGACACAUCACAGUACCUCUCUGUUAGCAAGCCUAAACACAAAGAUGUAUUCUCUGCCAAGGAGAAGUUUAUUCAUGCCAAGGUAUUCACUACAUUCACAACUGCUUAUAUUCCUUUGUUCUUUAGCAAUGGAUCCGGAGUUAUGUGCUACAACACACCACCACUGGUGAUACCAGCACCAGGAGGAGCUUAUGCAGUGGAGGGAGCUACUACAGGAGAGAAUCCAAACCGGUUACACGACUUUGUCAAUGAGUUGUUCGCUUCUGGAGGCACUGACAACGAGACGAGAGCUAGUGAGACGGAUGGUUUUCGAACUGCCGGCCGCCACCACGGUCGACGAGCGCCUGCGCGCGCGCGCGGAUCGAUAUGCGCCUCAUCGUCGUCGGGCUUCGACGGGCCGAUCGAUGGCCAGCGUGGUGGUGCUUGCUACUGGCGCGCGCACGCGCGCCUGUUAGAUAUCGAUCACCGCGAGUCCAGGGCAGCUGAUUGGUAG